UUCGUUAUAUAGAACAUGUAAUGCCUCUUAAAUUAUGGUCAUUAAACCCUAAUCCGUCACUGUCUGCCAUCAUCAUAUUAAUGCUUUUUAUGGGAAGUUAUUGAGCAAAUUGAGCGCAAGUGUAGAACUAAAAUCAUUCAGCGGACAUCAGCACAGACAAAUUAAAGCAAUUUUGGCGGAGUAUUACAUUUUUCAGCGAAAAUCAUUGCAUAUUUGACUGUACAGGAAGCUUUCUUGUUGAAUAGACACUUGAAAUGCUUGAAAUAGUCGGCGUGAAUGACGAUGUGAUAUAAUUGCAGCUUAUUUCCGCUGUCCAGGGGUAUUUGAGCCGACUAAAUGUGUGUUUGUCAUUCGCGUGUGCAAAUUAGUGCUAGUGAGACAUCGAAGCAUCUCUGCAAAGUUUAGGGCUUCGACAAUAAGCUGAGUGGAAAAAAAAAUCCAUACAGGAUUUUCGAAGUUAAAAGGUGAUUUCCAUGUCUACUCCGAGCUGGUGCAUUGUAAUUGCGUCGCAGUAGGCUGGAAGCCGUGUGUUUUCGUGUGAAGACAAUUUUAUUCAAGUUUAGAUCAAGAUGGAUCCUGCAUCGAUCAUUGUUUUGGAUUCGUCGGAUGAAGAGUCGGGAGAACCUAAAAGGCGCAAGUUGGGUCCACCAGCCGCCCCUCUUCCAUUAGCAGCUUCUGAUGGAAUGAAUGGAAGCAACAACCACAGCAGGCAACUCCAGCCCCAAAACUUAUCCCUUCGAUCUCCUACGGACCCAUCAAACAAAAUAAGACGCAUCAAGCCGAUUACCGUGGCCACAAAUUUAUCCAAAGAGUCGGCAGAAAACAACAAUCGCCAUCCAGUCAAUGACAAUUUUGCCAUCAUUAGCUACUCAGAUGAGUGGGAAAAGGAUUUGAAAAAGUAUCAACAGAUACUGAACGAUCACGAGAAGCAGCAGCAAACAAAACUGGCUAUGAAAAAGAGAAGUCCAUUGUUAGAGGAAGAAAUGGUUGACCGGAAGACGGCCACACCAGGAAGCAGUAGCACUGCUGAUUCUCACACUACAUCGAAUACCACCGCUAGUCGUCGCUCGGAGAAGAAAGAAAAGGAGAAAAAGAGCGCCUUUGAAAAGAACCCUAUUGGUAAAGAGUUUGCUGAUCUGCUGAACGCAUGCAGAAAGGCCGAUACUUCGCCAGAAAUGGAGCUGCUCAUCCAGAAGAAGUUAAUCAAAUAUUACGAAUGCGUCCAUCCAGAUUAUAUCAAUUCAAAAAGUUUUAAGAAAACAGUCACAACCGUUACGGAAGAGGUUACAAGUAAUCCUGAACUGGUUUACCUUAAAUUGUCCAGCAUAGUAGAGGAACUGAAUAUAAGACGUAAAUCACGUGAUUCGGUGAUGACAAAUGAGAACAUAACUAGCACAGGCAGCGAAAGAAAGGACAAUCAGAUUCGACGCUUGAAUCGAGCAUUGUACAUUUUGAAGAAGCGCAUUGCCAAGCUAGAGGAAAUGGAGGUGGACUUUGAGGAGGAAAUCAACUCGGCCUAUCUGAUGCAGGAGCGCUACAAAAAGCGUGCUUUCGAGAUUUACGAAAAAAUCUGUGAUAUAACCGGCGAAAGCAAACACGCACAUCGGGUCGUGCGGAAGCCUAUCAAAUUCGAUGGCACGCACUAUCCCGAGUUUAACCGCACCAUUCAGACGUUCGUCAAUCGAACGAGCUUGUUUCCGGAUUAUUUCGAUGUAUUGAAGUGUUUGCAACAUUGCAACACCCAGUACGGCUAUCGGAUGAGGCGAGACGAGAUGACCAAGAUAGCCCAGGAUGCAUUUAUCAAGAUCGGGAAGCUGCUGCAGAAGCGGAGAAAAACGGAUUUGUAUGAAACGGUUUCGUACUACAGUGGCGCAGAAAAGGAUCCGGCGUUGGUGGAUCGGAAGCUGCUGGACAAACUGGAAGACAACAAGAAGCUGCAUCGCAACGUCGACGAUGUCAUUGAUAAAUUCGCCCGAGUUCAAGACAAAGAUACGGACGACGAGAAUGAAUUGGAACCCGAGGCUGGUGCUUCGAAAAGCCAUAACACUAAGCCAUCUACAAGCACUUCAAGCGGUAGCAAAUCACCUCCUAGCACAUCAACAAAGGUCGAUGCGGAGAAAGGAGAAUCCGAUUCGAAACUGGAAGAAAAACAUGAAGAUACUGGCAGCAGUAGUCAAGUUGGAUCUCCUGCAGUUGCACACAGCGAAAAUGAUGAGACAAAGAAACCGGCUGAAAUUACCACUGGAGAUAGUAGUAGACCACCAAGCAUAACCGAGGAUGCAAAAGAAGAACCCGCAAAGGAGGGUGACAAGGUGGAUGGAAAAGAAUCCACUCAGCAACCGGCAGAUGAUCUUGAAGACGACGAAGACGAUGAUGAUGACGAGGAUGAGGAAGAAGACGAGAUGGUUAUCAAGGAAAACGUUAAGCCCGAUACUUUCGAUGAUAUCGAAAUUUCUGACGACGAGGAGCUCGUCGUACCAUCUUAGCAUCCGACGAGUACUUUGGCAACUGCUAGUAGUUUUCUGUGAAGAUGCUUCACCCGGAAAUCGACUUGGCACCCGUAUGUAUAUAGGUACUUCACCAGCGGUCAGUUUGUGGAAUUGUAAGUUAUUUGUAAGAUAUUGUUCUUAGGCUUUCAAAUUUCCUUUUUAAUAGUCAGCUUUUAUUUGUGUUCCUUUCGAAAGAACCGGACAGAGUGUAAGUUUUCCAUAGUUAUAUUCAACUUGAAAGUUGACUUUUUUUUAGUUAUGCUUCAUUAUGAAACUAUGCUUAUCGGUGAAGAUUGUGAUAUUGCUUUGUGGUUCUCUUUCAAAAUUUAUAUGCGUCAUGAUUAGGCAGUCACUGGCAGAAAUAAACAUUCAAUUCUAAAAAUUUUUGAAGACGUUUUAAAAAAUUUCUUUUAGAAACAUCACAUUAUAUUGUUGGAACUGAUAAUCGUGACAACACUAUUUCAACAGUCAUCGUCGUACACAAAUAACACACGACGUAUUACAGGAUACGACACUUAACGUUUUUACUAACGGAAAAAGGAAUUAAAUUUACCUAUUUUUGGUCAACCGGUUUCGGGCUCGAUGUUGUCCAUCUACAGGACGAUGUCUCAUUGAUGAAGGAUGAAGAUGAAGGAAAAACACUAAUACAUUUCCAAACUAUCCAAAAGAAUUCGUCGAAAGGUGGUCAGUUUGUUGAAAAUUCGGUUUGAGCAAGAUGAAAAGCGGCGAUAUGAUUGGACCGUCAUCCGUAAAUGUCGUGUCGUGUCCUGUAACACGUCGUGUGUUAUUUGUUUAGCAUAAGUUUUUACGUUUAGCACACCAACAAAAUGAGAGUCAUCGUCUUUAUUAAAUUUUUGAAAACUUUUAAUGUCUGGAUCUCUAUUUCCAAUUUUGUUCCGAGUGAAUUAAAAAAUCAUUCAAAAGAUAACCACAAAGCACUAAUCCCUAUCAUUAACAAUGAUAUUUUAAAUGGUCGAUUAAAAUUGAUAAUAACACAGAUUAUGCUAAAAAGUAUCUUGUAUGUCUACGAAUGAGCAUUUGAUCUCUUUCCCACUGAUAAAAUGAGAAAACAUAUUUUCGUUCAGACCUGCAGUUCGGAAUGAAAGAAUCCUAAUAAUCAAGCUUUGUGUGAAAUUGAAAACUAACACGAAAAAUCGAAAAUCAGUCAUUUGGAACUUAUCGUUAGUAGUAACCCUUGUAUAAGAGCUAAUUUUAGUUUCUAUGGUCCCGAUGAUUUCUUUUAUGUUAAGACAUCUAUGUACGUAUGAAUAUUUAAAGUAACUUAUCGUCUCAGAGUGUAUUUAAUCGGCGCAAUAUGAAAGCAAAAUCAGUGUACAGUGAGUUCCAUUUUUUUUUUAAAUAUUAACAGAUAGCAAGGCUAAAUUAUUUCUAACCUGUAUGUAUGGAGAGUAAAAGCUGUAAAAAGUAGAAUUAAUAAA